UUGGGGGGUGCGUCAUCGUCAGCGAAAAUGCGGCGACUGCCUCGAAAGUAUUCUUUCGAAGUUCAGUUCCCCUCCGAAUUCCGUUUGAUUAUCGCUUGGACCGGCGUCAAGAAAGGAGCGAAGAUGAGCAGCGAGCCGCUCUUCGUGCUUUCGACCUUCCUCGUCCUCCUUUGCUCAGCCCAAAGGAGCCUCAACCGGACGGAUUUGGAGUGCACCGGCCGAGCUCACUGGAACGUCCUCUUGACGGCGUAUUACCCGGAUUACGAGAGCGACGAUGAGUCCGAUUACCUCGACGCGAGAGGAAAAGAACUGUGUACGCUGCAGGACUUUAUCGAUGCUCGGACGAACUUCGUCACGGUCGGCAUGGAUUUGCUGCCGGAAAUUCCCUACGGGACCGAGUUGUGCUCGCCCGAGUUGAACGCACAUUUCGGAAUGCGGAUUCCCAUGCAGGUAAGAGAUCAUGGACCGAAUUUGCGUGGCAAAGGGUUCUCGAGGCUGGAUAUUUGUGUGAGAAGCGAAGGGGACAGUUACGACAUUGCUGUCAACAGGGAAAUCAGCGUUUACCUGUAGACCCAGUUCCUCCAAAUAAGACAAAUUUUCGAUGAUUAUUUUUUAUUACAAUUUCAUUUUACUAUUAUUAUUUAAUUAUAACGAAUGAUAUUUUAUUAAUAUUAUAUUUAAUAAUCUCAAUUAUAAUU